GAAGGUUGUGGCUGCAGCCGCAGGGGAAGGGGACAGGGGUGGGCGGGUGAGACUCAUGAGGAGAAACUUGUGAGGCGAGGGCGAUGGGGGAUCAAAUGGCGGCGGGCGCCGAGGCGCGGCCUCUGGGCAAUCCAUCCGCCGUCCCCGCCAACGGCGAGCAAGUGGUGGAAGACGGGGAGGAGGAGGUGGCGUCGAAGCCUCCGGCUGGGAGCUGCGACCCGAGACCCGAGGCUUCGAGACACGGUCUCCUCAGGCAGCCCAAGAGGAAGCACCGGAGGAGGCCGUCGAAGAAGAAGCGGCGCUGGAAGCCGUACUUCAAGCUGUCGUGGGAGGAGAAGAAGCAGCUAGACGAGAGGGAGAGCGUGCGGGCGGCCAAGACCCGCGCCGAGAUGUUCGCCAAAGGCUUCACCGUGGCUCCCUACAACACCACCCAGUUCCUGAUGGAGGAACACAACCAGGAGGAGCCCGACCUCAACACUGGCGUCUGCCCCAAGCGCCUCAGCAAGUCGGACGAGACGAGCGAGGAGGAAGAGUUGGACGAGGAGGAUCAGGACAGUGGCAGCGACGGCAUGGGGGGCAACGGCAGCGAGUUCCUGCAGAAGGACUUCUCCGAGACUUACGAGAAGUAUCACGCCGAAACCCUGCAGAACAUGAGCAAGCAGGAACUGAUCCAAGAGUACCUGGAGCUGGAGAAGUGCCUGUCCAGGCUGGAGGACGGGAACAAUCGGCUGCGAUGCCGCUUGGAAGGGAAGAAAGCGGUCAGGAGCGCAGAGGCUGCGGAGAUACAAAUGAAGCAAAUCCAACAUCAAGUAGAGAUGUUAAAGACUGAAAACCAGACACUGAUGAUCGAAAACGAACAAUAUAAACACGAGGGAUGCUUGGAGAACGGACAAUAACACGAUGUUUGGACUUUUAUGUUGUACAUAUUUUAAAUUGAUGUAAGCGUUUUAUAAAAAUGUACACUUUUCCCUUUUUGUUGUGCCAUAUGUGUUGAGCUUUUUUUUUCCCCGUGCAACUUUUUGGCUUGUUUACCUUUUUUGAACUCGCGGUAUAAUAUGUGAGUGUUGUCUCGUGUUUGCAAAGUUUUAAUGUUUUAUCUAGUCCUGUGCAUCUUCAAAGUGAUUUCUCGUAGUCAAAGAAUAAACGAUGCGUUAGUAAAGUGA